AUGGGACGUGAGGAGCAUGGAAGGACUUGGUGCAUGGACGCAGCUCAACUGGAUACGCAAAGGAAGAAGGAGGAAGCCAUCUUGAAGACCAGCUCGACCACUACUCGACCAACCGGUCGAGUUCCUCAACUCGACCGGCCAAGCUUCAACUCGAUCGAGCUGGAAGUCAAAGCGAUUCUCCACAUGGAAGUGAUGGAAAUCGCUGGAAAAUAUCCACUAAGAGCUCCAAUAACUCUUGCUCUCGAAAUGGAGUUCAUAGGGGUUGGAUGGAUUAGUUUGGGCAAUGAUCCUAUGGCCUCCAAGGUGUAUGCGAACUCGAUCGAGUCGGUCUACAGAAGACUUGGUCGAGCUAGACUUACAACGGGUAGAAAGAGGGUUCAGAGGUCACAGAGGGUACAAGAGGAACCUGAGGUGCUUGUUGCUGAUACAAUGGAUGUACCAGAGGGGAAUGGAAACCCUUUGGGCAAUACUACUCUCGGUCGAGCUAGGCAAACUCGACCGAUUGGUCUAGGAGAUGCUCCAAACCGCCACCAACAGAGACAAGGGAUUGUUCCACCACCAGUGCAGAACCACAACUUUGAGAUCAAGCUGGGAAUGAUCAACCUUGUUCAGAACAAGAUGUUCCAUGGAUUGCCAAGUGAAGACCCCAUUGACCACCUUGAUGAGUUUGAUAGGCUUUGUGAUUUGACAAAGAUCAAUGGUGUCUCUGAAGAUGCCAUCAAGCUGAGACUCUUUCCUAUGUCUCUAGCUGACAAAGCUCACCAAUGGGAGAAGAGCUUGCCCCAUGGCACAAUCACCACUUGGGAUGAAUGCAAGAAGGCCUUUCUUGCUAAGUUUUUCUCCACCGGUCGCACAGCCAAGCUUAGGAGGAGAUAUCGAGCUUCAUACAGCGAAACAAUGAGACAUUCGCAGAGGCUUGGGAGAGGUUCAAAGGCUACACAAGUCAGUGCCCACAUCAUGGAUUCAACAAUGAAUCACUACUCUCCACUCUUUAUAGAGGAUGCUUGCAAGGUAUAG